GAUUACCCCAACUCGCGUCAAACUCCCAACCUUGAGUACCAGAGAAAUGAGCCGUUCACCUUGUUUACUAAUUUUUCUGUUAUAGGUUUGGCUGAACUCGCUCACAGAGAAUAUCAAGCUGGUGACUAUGAACAAGCCGAACAGCACUGCAUGCAACUUUGGAACCAGGAUCCAGAAAAUACAUCAACAUUGUUGCUUUUGAGCUCCAUAUACUUCCAAUGUCGCCGAAUGGAUCGAUCCGCUCAUUUCAGUCAGUUGGCAAUCAAAAAGAACCCUCUGAUGGCUGAAGCGUACUCAAACCUUGGUAAUGUUUACAAGGAGCGUGGCCAGUUAAAAGAAGCGAUCGAUAAUUACAGACACGCUCUUAGGAUCAAACCUGAUUUUAUCGAUGGCUACAUCAAUCUCGCUGCGGCCUUAGUCGCGGCUGGUGACAUGGAAUCUGCCGUCAGCGCCUAUGCAACUGCGUUGCAAUAUAACCCCGAUCUUUACUGCGUGAGAAGCGACCUUGGCAAUCUGCUCAAGGCACUUGGGCGCCUGGAUGAAGCAAAAUCAUGCUAUCUGAAAGCUAUCGAAACCUGUCCAACAUUUGCGGUAGCAUGGAGCAAUCUGGGAUGUGUGUUCAACGCCCAGAAUGAGAUAUGGCUGGCUAUUCAUCACUUUGAGAAGGCUGUAACAUUGGAUCCGAAUUUUCUGGAUGCUUACGUGAAUUUGGGCAAUGUUUUGAAAGAAGCACGGAUCUUUGACCGUGCAGUUGCAGCUUACUUGAGAGCUCUCGCUCUCUCACCUAACAAUGCCGUUGUGCACGGUAAUUUGGCAUGCGUGUACUACGAACAGAAUCUGAUCGAUCUGGCCAUCGAUACUUACAAACGAGCAAUAGAGCUUCAAUCUAACUUUCCUGAUGCCUAUUGUAAUUUGGCCAAUGCGCUCAAGGAAAAGGGCAAGGUCGCCGAAGCAGAGGAGUAUUACAACACCGCAUUGAGACUUUGUCCUACCCAUGCGGAUUCGUUGAACAAUUUAGCCAAUAUCAAACGUGAACAAGGCAAAGCCGAAGAAGCUAUUCGACUGUAUGUGCGAGCACUGGAGAUAUAUCCGGAGUUUGCUGUCGCUCAUUCCAACUUGGCAAGCAUGCUCCAGUUGCAAGGGAAACUGCAAGAAGCCCUACUGCAUUACAGGGAAGCAAUUCGUAUUUCUCCAACGUUUGCUGAUGCCUACUCAAAUAUGGGGAACACGUUGAAGGAGUUGCAAGAUGUGCAGGGUGCCAUGCAAUGUUACCAGCGGGCUAUACAGAUAAAUCCAGCGUUUGCUGAUGCGCAUUCUAAUUUGGCUAGUAUUCUUAAGGACAGUGGUAAUUUGGCCGAGGCGAUCGCAUCGUACAAGACAGCGUUAAAGUUGAAGCCUAACUUCCCAGAUGCAUUUUGCAAUCUGGCCCACUGUCUGCAGAUCGUAUGCGAUUGGUCAGACUACAAGCACAGGAUGAAACGCCUAGUUUCAAUGGUGCAAGAUCAGCUAGAGUCUAAUCGCCUCCCGUCAGUUCAUCCUCACCAUUCGAUGUUGUACCCACUGACGCAUGAGCAAAGGAAGAAGAUAGCUGGAAAACAUGCCUCCCUGUGUUUGGAAAAGGUUUCUUUGCUGCACCAUCCGCCGUUCCGUUUCCCGAGGAAAUUGCAACCUGGACAGCGUCUAAAAAUUGGUUACGUGAGCUCUGAUUUCUGCAAUCAUCCUACAAGCCACCUCAUGCAAAGUAUUCCUGGUUUUCACGAUCGUGCGAAAGUGGAAGUUUUUUGUUAUUCUUUGGCACCGGAUGAUGGUACAAAUUUUCGUGCUAAAGUUGCCAACGAAGCGGAGCAUUUUGUGGAUCUUAGCGGUAUCCAGUGUCACGGCAAAGCCGCCGACAGGAUUGCUAGUGAUGGUAUACACAUUCUACUGAACAUGAACGGAUACACCAAGGGUGCUCGAAACGAGAUAUUCGCACUAAAGCCGGCCCCAAUUCAGGCGAUGUGGCUUGGUUAUCCUGGCACUAGCGGAUCGACUUUCAUGGACUACAUUAUCACGGAUUCGGUCACGUCACCGAUGCGCCUUAGUCAUCAGUAUUCAGAGAAGUUGGCCUACAUGCCGAAAACGUUCUUUGUUGGUGACCACUACCAGAUGUUUCCCCAUCUGCGUAACCGUGUGAUGUUGGAGAGUGCAGACGAUCCCAUCGGAUCUCGGCGAGCGACAGACAAUUGCAUGGUUGUUAGUGGUUUGGACAUCAAAGCACUACUCCAGGUGGCUUGUGUUCGUGAGGUUGCAUACGGUGGUCGUCUAGUGGAGACAAAUGGCAAUCAAAAGAAAGAGACCGCGUACUUCGUCAAGCUCACAGUCCUGACACUACCGUCGUUGCAGCCUAUACAGAAUAUGAUUCGUACAAACAGCCCAUCGUGUACGAUCAAUGACGUCACCAUCCACAACGGCUUGGUUACACAGCAAACUCAAUCCAAGGCAUCUGCGGGCGAAGAGGUUCCACGUGAUCUAAUCUUGACAUCCCGACAGCACUAUGGUUUGCCGGAAGACGCGGUGGUGUUUUGUAAUUUCAACCAGCUCUAUAAAAUUGACCCAUCAACAAUGCGCAUGUGGGUAGAGAUCCUGAAGGCUGUGCCAAAUUCUGUAUUGUGGUUACUCCGUUUCCCUGCGGCUGGAGAGGCUGGUGCUUUAGCUGCAGCGACAGAAAUGGGCUUACAGCAUGUUCACAGGCGCAUCAUUUUCAGCAACGUUGCACCGAAGGAGGAGCAUGUUCGACGCGGACAGGUAGCUGACGUCUGUCUUGACACACCUCUGUGCAACGGGCACACAACAGGGAUGGACGUUUUGUGGGCGGGUUGUCCUGUAGUGACUUUGCCUUUGGAGACUCUUGCCAGCCGCGUCGCUGCUAGCCAACUCCAUACUUUAGGAUGUCCAGAGCUGAUAGCUUCCAGCCAAGAGGACUAUGUGCGCAUCGCGAGCAAGUUGGGCAACAAUCGCGAGUACCUGCAGGCGAUACGGGCUAAGGUAUGGAAGGCCAGGGAAUCGUCACCUUUGUUCGACUGCCAUUAUUAUGCGUCAGAUUUGGAAGCAUUGUAUGCAAGAAUGUGGCAGAACUAUGAAUCAGGAGUAACGGAUCACAUAACUGAUUGGGAAAUUGAGGGUCCUCACAUAUGA